ACAGGCAUUAGGUUCUGCGGCGCUAUCAAAAGUGUAUUGUGCAAGUUCUUUUAAUCUUUUCUGAAGUGAUUUUGUUUUUCCCCAUCAUGAGGAUUUUUAUAUUAAAUAUGCUAUUUACAUUUUUCACUGCUCAGGCAUCACCCUCAAUUAGUGUUACCUGUGAUGAAUCAUAUGGUAUACCACAUGAAUGGACAGAGAUUCCUGAAGUCAGCCCUUCUCCUCUUCAUAGUCUUAGGGUUGAUGUUCUGAAUGAAGAAGUUGAGGAUUUGAGGAUUUUGAACAUAAGUUGGGCCAUCAACAUAGACAAGAGCAUUUACAGUCUCACAGGAACUUGGAUUGAUACACAAUUUCUCCAAUAUCGCUGUCGUUAUGAACCGCCAUUUGCAGAAGUAGACCUCACUGGUCUUGAACUGCUGUGGUUCCAUCACCUUGCGCCUGCAGUCCCAGGUCACAUACUAAUAAUCACUGUUUACAAUCUCCCGACACCAACAGCAGGGAAUUAUACAAAGUUUAUUCAAUGCAGUGUACCGUAUGUAAACACCCAGAGAACUUCAGGCUCAUCAGCCCUGCCUGACCAUUCCCCUUCCCCUGAAACAGCACUACUUUCAGCCGAAGUGACUGACAAAAAGACGGAUGUUGAUGCAAGUCCAGCUCUCCUCAUAGUCCGUCUUGGAUGUCUAGUUGGUCUAGUGGCACUGGUGAUCUGCGCUCUCACUCUGUAUAAAGUGUAUGGAAUUCACACAAACCACCCCUUUACUGACUUGACGAAGGAACCCAUGUCAGUGCUUAUAGUGUACCCCGCGGAGAACCUCGUCUUCCAGAGAGCUGUGUUGGCUUUUGCUGAGUUCCUGCAGUGCCAUGGUGGAUGCAAAGUGACUAUCGAUUUGUGGCAGCUUAGCAGGCUGGCAGAGCAGGGUCUCAUGCGCUGGCUCUCAGAGCAGGUGCAAUUUGCAGACAGGGUGAUUAUUAUAAGUCCACAGCCCAAGCAUUACCACAUUGACCCCUGGGAACACGCCAUGCCAGCCGCAUCUCAUGACCUGUUUCCUUUGGUGCUCCACAUGGUUGCAAGCCACGCUAGGAGCCCCAGUGAGCUGGCCAAGUUCUGGGUGGUGCAUCUGGGCAAAGCCCCAAAGAAGAACGGCUUGCCUGUGGAACUUCGGUCCUGUAGGGACUUUAAACUGAUGCAGGACUUGGAGAAAAUCGUCAGGCACCUACAUCCGGUGCAGGACUCUAAAAAACUGUUGUUAAAUUUGAGAUCAAGGUUGGCCUACGGGGAGAGGGUGACAGAGAAGCUGAGAAAUGCAGUACAACAGUUAGAGGCUUGGCGGUCCUCUCAAGUAGUGGAGAGCAGGGAGCCAGCCCCUUUGGUCACUAUACUGAAAACCUGAAGAAACCAGUGUCAAGCUCAGUAACAACAGCUCUACAAACAUCAGGGGAUAACUUUUCUCACUUAGCUUGAAGAUAAAAAAGAUUUUGGGAAAUAAAAAAAAAUUGUAUUCAAUGUUUUUUCCA